AUGGCCGCAAUGGAUGACAAGAACUCGGAAAUCACAACGCAUCGAGACGCAGCAGAGCGGAGUGUUGAAAAGCCGCACUCAGGGACACCUACAUCAUCAAACGGAUCAUCGCAUGCCGACCAUCUAGCAGACAGCGCGGACAAAGAGUUCUCCCAAACAGUCGAUUCUUAUCAUUCCAGUCACUCUGAUCUUGUAGACUGGGAUGGCUUGGACGAUCCGGACCAUCCUACAAACUGGCGACCGGCCUUGAAAUGGCGCAAUGUUCUCGUCGUCGCAACGUUAACAUUUCUCACGCCGUUCGCUUCUUCAAUGUUCGCGCCAGUGCUUGAUCAAGUAAUGCAGGACAUGGGCACCUCGAACCGCGAUGUUGGCUCAUUCGCCGUUUCUAUAUAUUUGUUGGGAUACGCUUUCGGGCCACUCUUCCUUGCUCCGUGCAGCGAGAUUUAUGGCCGCCUUCCAGUUUACCACGUGUGCACUUUCUUGUUCAUUCUUAUGAACAUUGCUUGUGCACUUUCUGUUAACAUGCCCAUGUUAAUCAUAUUUCGCCUCUUUACGGGGCUUGUGGGUGCAUGCCCCUUGACUGUAGGGCCAGGUACGGUGUCGGACUGCUUCAAACAAGCAGAGCGCGGCCGAGCCAUGUCGGUGUGGACGAUGCCUGUUCUUCUAGGCCCGUGUGUUGGCCCUGUAGUUGGUGCAUAUGUAUCUCGUGCAUUAGGAUGGAGAUGGGUAUUCUGGGUCCUCAUUAUCAUGGCUGUUGCCGUUUUCGCCCUCUCCAUAGUGUUUCAACGAGAAACAUAUCCGCCGACGCUUCUCGAACAAAAGACCAAGAAAUUGAGGAAAAUCACUGGGAAUCCGAGCCUUGAAUCGGCAGCGACAUUUAACAAGCCGCAGAGACAGGCAAUUACUACAGGCUUUGUCCGGCCAAUGAAACUGUUGUUUUACUCGCCAAUAGUCCUGGGACUAUCUCUCUUGACUGCAGUCGCUUACGGUACUCUGUAUCUCCUCUUCACGACGAUAACUGAACUUUUCCAAGUUCAAUAUGGAAUUGUCAACAACGUCGGACUAGUCUACUUUGGAUUUGGUUUCGGUCAAGUUGCUGGACUGACGAUUUUUGGGCUCGUUUCUGAUGCCAUCGUUCAGAAAAUGUCGAAAGGUGGGGAGAUGAAACCGGAAUAUCGUCUUCCUCCAAUGGUCCCCGGCGGUGCCAUGAUUCCAAUUGGACUGCUGUUGUAUGGCUGGACAGCUCAAUCCGGGGUGUUUUGGUUUGUACCUAUCAUCGGCACCGUCCUGAUUGGUAUUGGAAUGAUCACAGUCUUUACGCCGGUGGCCACAUACCUUGUCGACGCUUUCCCGGCAUAUGCCGCUAGCGCUACAGCUGCAAACACGGUUUUCCGCAGCAUCGGAGGAGCACUUUUACCUCUCGCUGGUCCCAAGAUGUAUCAACGCCUUGGUUAUGGUUGGGGAAACACACUACUAGCCGGGAUCUCUUUCGGCAUGAUGGGGAUGAUCUGGCUCUCGCUAAAAUACGGAGAGCGACUGAGGACAAAUCCCAAAUAUCAGCUGAAGCUGUGA